AUGGCCGCCCGCCGCCGCAACCCGCUCCGGACCGCCACGCGCGUGCUCUGGGGCGACGUCCAGACGAACCAGCCGUGGCAGCGCAUGCUCAAGUACGCCCUCGCCUGCGUCGCGGCCCUGGUGCUCGCCAUCCUGCCGCGCUUCCGCGCCCGCGAAACCUUUCUCAUCCCCAUGGUCGUCGUCUUUGGCCACCCGGGCCAGCGCCUGGGCCUCAUGAUGGAGGCGCUGCUUCUGAUUCUCCUCGGCGCCCUGCUCGGCGUGCUCUGGUCGCUGCUCGGCUUGUACUUGGCGAGCCUCGUGGUCGGCGCGGACCGUUCCGCCGCGUACGCUGUCCGCGGCGUCUUUUUGCUCGUGGCAGCGCUGGCGCACGGCUUUGUCCGGUCCCACAGCCCGCGCCUCUUCAACUUUGUGCUGUUCAUGCUUGUCGCGGUCAUCAUCACGGUGCAGGCACCGACGGACGAAACCGUGGCGCUUUUUACCAACAUAUAUGUACCUGUCUGCAUGGGAGCGGCCGUCUCGCUGCUUGCGAAUCUGGUUCUGUUUCCGGAGCUGUCUAGCAGCUAUCUCGGAGACUCGGCUAUCAACACGAUUGCAGAGGCCAUGGAGGCUCUCUCUCGCUCCACGUACUGGUUUGUGACGCCAGGAGGCGACUGCGAGGAGGUCAGACAGCAGCGUGCCCGCCUCUACAGCACCACCUCGCGCAGGAGUCGGGGAUCGGCUGCGUCGCUGCCGUUUCUCAAAAGUCUCAUGGCCACUCGACGAUGGCGCGUAUUCGCUGCCGAGUUUCCGAACCCAUUCACAUCGUCUAGUCUCGCCAGCCAGCCCAAAGUGCCCAUGGAGCUCACCUCGCUGGCCAGCUUGUCAGAAACGAAGACUAAGAUCCGCUCCAAGCUGCGCGCGUGCCGCGCCGCGCAAGAUGAAGUCAACUUUGAGAUAUCUCUGUCCAAACUACCACCCGACCUCAUGAGGCCCAUUACUACAAACUGGAUGAGUAACCUUGUACAGGGCAUCAUUACUGUAAUCGGCGCCUGCGAAAAUAAGUUUGUGUUGCUUGGUGCCACUACCACGAACCCAGCACCAGAGAGGCCACAUACUGUAACUGAUUCGCCUAGCACCGCGCAAUCAUCUAGCAGUGCUCUAAAACCUGGCAAGGCUAGAAAGCGAAAGGGAGGACGAAGUCGGCAUGCGGACGAUGUAAAAGCCAUCAAAGAGAUCGAAGCAGCCAGUGCUGAGCUGGUUGAACAUAUUUUGACUUGCAUCAGAGAUCCAGUCAUGGAUUUCCAUCAAUCCAUCAAGGAAGCAGUCGCCGUUCUCAUAAGGUGCCUGGCAUACUGUCUUCAGGUGGCAAGGCUACCGUCAGGCGAGUUAGCUCCUGAGUCGAUAUCCCUAGGGGAUCUAGACGUCGAAAUUGACCAAUUUGCGGAUGCCAUGGCGGCCUUUGAUGCUCAAUCAGCGGAGGCGCUCAAGGUGGCGGCUACAGAGUCUGACGGCCGUGCCCUCGACCUCAUGCCACGCAUGGAGACGUUUCUCAUCUCGUCCUUCAUAUUGGCCCUUCGCCAGUCUGCCGCCCAGGUCAUGCUGAUGCUGCGUCAUGCGCGCGGCCUGGUUGAGCUCCGGCAGCAGCGCAACGGCAGGUCGCAGCUGUGGCUGCCCAAGCAUACCAGCCUGAGCCAAUGGCUGUCGAGCGGUAGCGCUGCACCCAGCACAACUGGUACUGAGCGCGGGCCUGACGCAACCGCAAUUAACAUCGAUGCGCCAAGAGAGCCCAACGAGGCACCCGCGCAUGGUGACUCGCAUCGCGCGAGAUAUGGAGAUGAGGGGACUGCGAGCUCUGUCCCUGGCAGCACAAGUCAAAGUGGGAAACAGGCUUACCCGAUGACAGGGUCCAAAACGUGGCGGCUCGAGCGACUGCGACACGCAGCCGCGGAUGCACUCGAGUGGGCGCAGAAUUCAGAGGGUCUCGUCUACUCCGCCAAGCUUUCUAUUGCUCUCUUUCUCGUUACUUGGCCGGCCCUUGUUCCGACUUGGAAUCAGUGGUAUGCUGAAGUGCGUGGAAUUUGGGCGCCGCUACAGCUCAUCCUUGUUUUCGAGCUUGCCAUCGGAACAUCUCUCACUGUCUUCAUUGUUCGACUUUUUGGCGUAGUUUUCGGUGGUGUCAUUGGCUAUGUCUCGUACGAGAUUGCGCGCGGAAAUAGAGCCGGCGUUGUCGCCGUCGUACUUGUCGGUAUUGUGCCAUCUAUAUACAUUCAAGUGGCAACCAAGUACGUCAAGGCCGGCAUGAUUUCCGUGAUUUCCAUGGCCGUUGUUGUGUUGUCUGCCGUGAAUACCAGUGCACCUGGCUACGAGGUGUUUUACAAAAGGCUCGUGGCAUUUAUCAUUGGGGGUCUUGUAGCUGUCCUCGUCGAAAUCUUCAUUUUCCCUGUGCGAGCCCGAGACCGCCUCGUUAAUUCCCUCUCCGCGGCCGUUGACCACGUCCAAAACAUGCAGGCCGUCAUUGCCGUCGGGAUCGACCACCCGGAGCGCCCCAACUUUCGCUCCCACUCGCUGUACGCCCGCUUCACUCGAGCCCGCGACAAGGCACAGGGCUGUCUCACGGCCGCCGAGACGUACCUCCCGGCAUGCCUCACCGAGCCGCGCCUCAAGGGGAGCUUCCGGCCGCUCGCGCCCAUCUACGGCGAGAUUAUCUACGUGCUGCACCAAAUCACUGACCGCAUGAACAACGUGGUGCAGCUGCGCCGCGAGUACGGCUCGUCCAUCCUGGAGGACCUGAACCCGCGUGUGUACGCCUACCGGCGCAACGUCAUGGGCUGCUGCAACCUCAUCCUAUUCUCCGUCCACGAGGCACUUACGACGUGGCUGCCCCUGCCGCAGUUCCUCCCCUCGGCGCGCCUCGCGCAGCUGCGGCUCAUUAACCGCGUGCGCGAGGUACUCGAUGCGGAGAGCGCCAAGGGCUCGACAUCGGCACUGCGCCGACAGACCGCCCGGCCGGGCCGCAGCAGCGCACCGGAGCUCAACGCAUCGACGGCCCGCACCAUUACGCGACGCAAGUUUUUGUCGUGGAACGCGAGCACCGCGGGCCAGAUGGAGAUUAUCGAGUAUCUCGAAGAGCUAACAGACCUGGUCAAGCUUCUCGUGGGCGUCAACGCCUUUCGGCGUGGGGUGCUCGAAGCGCCGACGUAUCGGCUUCGCAUGCAGCACGGAGACGACGGGGCAGGCCCGGCGGCCGCAGCGGCAGAAGACGGCGAGGAGGAGGACGAGGAUCGCGGCUACCCGGACGUGAGCGUCGCCGACAUGGUGGGCGGCACGAGGCGCUCGAGAGCGGCGACAGUCACGGAAAGACUGGACGGCGGUCGGCUGCGGGAGCGCGCGGCGCACCAUCAGCGUGGCGGCGCCAAGGACUUGGAGAGCGGCGACGCGGGCGACGCGGCCGUGGUGGAGGACGGCGGGGACGGGAUAGAUGACAUUCCUAUUAGUUUGCAGCGCGUGGGCACGCGUCUGCGGGAGAAUAAUGCUGCCGUGCGCAGCGGCGCAUUUGCUAUUGCAAGUGAGAAGCGGCCGUAA